GCAUAAUGCACUGCUAAAGAAAAGUAACGUUAAAUUUUUCCGAGGUAAUCGUUUGUUAGAAUUUUAAUAGGUUUACCUUUUGCCUUUAGUAUUCGACUUUUAACUAAUUUUCUUUUCAAAAUUCUCAACUUUUUAUAAACGUUAUCUUGUACUAUUUAACACAAUUGUAUACAUAUAUUUAGAUUUUAAUGUAUAAAAACAUAUACAAAAGUUCAGUUUCACAGGUAUUAUUUUAUACGCUGUAAGUUAAUUCUAAAAUUGUAAAUUACACAAUAUUUUCGAACAUGUGUAUAUUGUCCAUGAUAUCAAGCAAGAUAAAUUCACAGGGAAUGGGUAUAUCUUAUUAACUGUAACGUUUGCAGUUUAGAAGAGCAAAAUGUCAAGUUUUGACAAUUUCAUAUGGUCAAAUCAUUUUAUAUGCAGACAUUUUUCCUGAAAUAUGCUUGACAAAAAACUCUGUGGUCAUGAAGUGAACCUAGUACUGCAUACAAAAACACGUGAUUACUACACGUAUAUGUAUAUAUAUGUACAAGUAUGUAGAUAUAUAUAUAUAUGUUUUAUAUUAUUACUUAUCGGGAGUCAGAUAUAGUGACGCGAUUGACAAGUUUCUGAUUUCUAUGCAUCGUAUGAUUCGCACCCUUACGGUGAUGACAAGAAUGAAAGCGUUAUAGCAUGUACCAAUUAAACGACUAUGUAAACAUUAUUUGUUUCUUGGUACAUAAUUGAACUAAAUAAACUAAAGAAAAAUGUGAAAUCAUAGUCAAAGUUUAAGAAUAAGUUUGGAAAGAUCGAAAAACAUUUUUCAUCGGAAUAGAUUUUGUAAUUAGAUAUCACAAUAAUAUUUAUUCUUUUUCAUUUUCUUUAUUAUUAUAUUAUAUUGUAGCGUGGUGUUUUUUCUUUUCUUUUUUUUUUCCACUAUAUAUAAAAUUUAUGGGAAUCGCAUAAAUCUCAAUUUGAUAUACCUUAGUGUGAUCAAAUCAAUGAUUUGCUUGAAUUAAACAUCACAUUAUGGAUAACUAGUUUUAAUCAGUUUGCGAGGAUGGAUAUUAUGAUAAAUUGAGAUUUCAAGCGAUAGAAAUCUUUUUGUUUAUAGAGAUAAUCCAGACUGAAAUAUGACUACAAUGUAAAUAUUAGGAUAAGUAAAAUAUAAUCAACAAUUAUAUAUUACUUUUUUGUAAUUUUGGUUUGCAUCUUAAGUGGAUUCGAUAAAAUAUUUCGUAAUUUUGAAAUUCUUUUAGAUCUGUUUGAUUAGACGUAUAAAAAAAUUAUUAUAAUAACAAUUAUUAUUGGAAUUAAUUAUAUAUAAUUUCAUACUUUGUAAUAUAAGACGAUUAAGCAGGAGAAGUGUUCCCAUUGCUGCUCUAUCUGAUUAUAUAUACAUAGAUAUAUAGAUAUAUAUGUAUAUGUGUGUGCGUGUGUGUGUAUAUAUAUAUGUGUGUGUAUACCCACACACACACACACAUAUGCACGCAUAUAUAUAUAAAACAUUAUAAAUAUUUAAAUUUUAGGUAAAGAAAAAAUGUUACUGUAAAUAAAGUAAAACUUCUUAUGUGAUACAAUAAUUAAUAAUGUAAAUUAUGCUGAUAUACAUAUCGACAGUUGAAAAACAAUGCCUCUCACGUUCAGCUUUUGUGAUUAAAAAUUGAUUUCAAUCCAAAGAAGACUCGAACAUUCUAUGGAUUGAAAGGAAAGCGUUAACGGAAGAGAAAUUGUAUAUACGAGGUAAUAUUUUUUAACGGUUGAUAUCUACGAUAUUGCGAAAAACGGGAACCAACUGCACAUUAUGUACACAUACGAGAUUAAGUGCAUAUAUGCUUAUAUGGUUAUAUUUACAUUUAUACAUGUACGCAUUAGAUAAGCAGUUAAUUUUAAUAGAGAUAAAAAGGAAAUACACUUUUGGCGGUUAUUCCCAAAAUUGAUAUUGAACUUUCAUGUUAAUUGUUGCUCUGCCAUUGUACAUACAAGGAAAUACUUAUUUUACCUGUAAUAUUGCAAACAAUCGAAAGUAAAAGUUCCAUAACAUAGGAUUGAUAUAAAACAUCUAUCAAUGAAUUAUCGAACUAUGAUCAUUUUGGUAAUAGCACAAAUUGAUAUAAAUAUCAUGUAAAAUUAUUAAUUACACAAUAUUAUUGAUAAACAUAAGCGUGACGAACGUAAUUCCCUUUCAGUAUGGUUUAAUAGACAUGACGCAUGUACAGAAACAUAACUCGCGUUAAACAAAAAUAUACUACUAAGGGAUGUGUAUAUAAAUUAUUAAAAUACGCUUUAGGGCUAAUAAAAUAGCGUUUAAAUUCUUACUAUAAUAAUUUAUUUUUUAGCAAACAUUCUUUGCGAAUUAUAAUGGUAUCGCUCAGUGAAGGUAUCGCAAAAGUUACACGUUCGAUUUAAACUUUAUCCAAUUUUUGGUUCUCUUUCUCUUUUUGUAUUUCUUUUUUCUUUUCUUUUUUCGUAUACGCGUCUCUCUCACUAUCAUCCGUGUGCAGUCGUAGCUAUAAAUAUAUAUCGUUUAAUUUUACUGAAAGUAUCUGAAGCAUCGAUAGAACCUUCGGAUUCGGAUUUUAAUAUAAUUUUUAUUUAAGAUCUUUUCUUUAUUUACUCAUUUACUUUUGACAUACCUUUACUUUAUAAGUUAUUUAACACUCUAAUGCCUUGGAAUGUUAGAAAUGUGUAAUGAUUUUUAAAUACAUGUACCUUCGCAAAAUA